AUCUAUGAUUAACAACAUAAAAGUAAACGUAGGCCGUAGUUUUGGCAAGGUUUAGAAUGGUUUUAAUGAUUUAUUUAAAAGAAAGUUGUAGUUUAUUGUCGUGAGAGUUGUUAUAUAGAUAUUUUCUUACAUUUUAAUUUAACUGGUUUAUAAAUAUUUUAUAAUGACCCGCGCCUUAAUAGUAUUUUGGUUGGUACUAUUUUCAGCGGUUUUCUCGAUAAAUUUUAAUUUAGUUGGUGCAGCAGUAAUGCAUUCUCAUACUUCUAUCAAUAAAGAGCAUAUUCAAGAUAGCUUCUAUAGCCCUAAAGAUAAAAAUCAUUAUUCUGAAGAUGGAGAGCAUGACAUUGAAUUUGACCAUGAAGCUAUUUUAGGUAGUGUUAAAGAAGCUGAAACGUUUGAUCAUUUGCCCCUUGAAGAAUCAAAAAAGCGAUUAAAAAUAUUACUUGAGAAAAUAGACUUGAAUGGUGACAAAAUUAUUAAUAAACAAGAACUCAAAGUAUGGAUUUUACGUUCAUUUAAGAUGCUUUCUGAAGAAGAAGCAAAUGAACGACUAGAAGAUGUUGAUGAAAAUAAUGAUGGAAAAGUUACUUGGGAAGAGUAUAUUACUGACACAUAUGGAAAAGAUGACGAACUGCCUGUAGAGCAAGAAGACAAACAGCUAUUAGAAGAUGAUAAAAGGGUGUGGGAAGUAGCCGAUUUUGAUAAGAACAACUUUUUGGAAAAUGAAGAAUGGCUAGCAUUUUUACAUCCUGAAGAACACCCUGCCAUGAUUCCUCACAUUCUAGAACAAACUCUUAGUAACAAAGAUAAAAACGGAGACGGAUCAAUAGAUUUUCAAGAAUUUAUUGGCACUCAAGGCCAAGAGAGAAGUAAGGAGUGGCUUCUCUCUGAAAAAGAUAAAUUUGACCUUGAAUACGAUAAGAAUGCCGACGGUAAACUGUCAGGAAACGAAAUUAUUUCAUGGAUAGUUCCCAAUAACGAAUAACUAUUGAGAUAUGUUGCGAUUGACCACUUAACCUAACAUGUAUAUACACCUGACAAACUUUACAGCUGGUAAUCUACGGAUGAGUGAUGAAUGAUUAUGUAAAUUAAGUUGGCUUUUGUCAUCGGCCAUUGCGUCACAGAGAGAAAAGGAAAUUGUAAAGAAAAGGUCUAUGAAAUUCCAAAAAAAUUGUUUGCGAUGAAAUCUGUCUGAAUCGGCCAGCAAAUUGUACGAAAACUGUCAACCUUUAUUUUUAUAAACAUUCUGUUAUGUUUGACAUAUCAGAAAGUAUGAUUUCGUUGAAUAUUUUUGUUUACUUUGGUCAUUAUUUGUAAACUGAAAUUAAACACACAUAUAUCUGUACGAUUUAAACAACCUUUGCUAUUUUCACUUUUCUUUUGUAAAACUUACAUCAUCAUAAGGUGGUCAGUCCUAAGUCUGGUUGGAUACACACUUCCAUUCCUUCCUACCCUGAGUUAAUCUUCACAUUUCCAUAAAACUAGAACAUCCCACAUCCUUAACUAUUUGCGAACAGUAA